AUGGGGUGUUUUCCUAUAUUGAAGAGAAAGAAGAAAAAGUCUGAUCAGAUUGUGUAUGUAAAACGCGUAAGCCCUGGCGAGGAUUCACCUACAGUACUGCCUGAGCCUCAAACUCAUACUCGCACACUCCAGUCAGCACCGCCUAGUUUUAAGAUCAGAGUGAAACCCAUUCAAUCCAGUGUUAAAGUCAGUAACAAUAGAGUACGAGCAUUGUCUGCUCCAUCGUCUCUCGAUGAAGCAGACCAAGAUGCUUUGGCCUCAAUUGAGUAUGAGGAAGAAGAGCCUAAAUAUCGAGCUGCAUCAGUGAAGGAACAGCGUUCGCCUAGUCCCCAACCUUUACCGCUUCCAUCUCCUAAGGGUGGUGGUACGCUGAAGACUAUUGGAAGCUUUAAGUCGGGGACAGCUAGUGGUCCCUUAUAUGCUUCUGGACCUCUGCCGCUUCCACCAACUGGGUCACUUAGAAUUUUUUCUUACGACGAGCUUGCUGCUGCUUGCCACAAUUUCUCUUCAGAUCGAUACAUGUCAGAAUCUCUUUCAUCCACCAUCUAUAAAGCUUCCUUUGGUGAUGAUGCUUCAAGUUCGAAAAAGUUUGAAGCCACGGUCACACGCCUUCGCCCAUCAAAUCAGGGCUUGAAGGAAUUCAUAAAUGAGGUUAAUACUCUUGCAUCUUUGCGGCAUCCAAACCUCUGUAGAGUGCUUGGAUUUCACGCCCGUGAUGGUUCGGAACAUAGAAUGUUGGUUUAUGAGAAGCUACACCAUGGAAGCUUGGACCGCCUAUUGUAUGGGAGAUCUGAUGGACCAUCAAUUGAUUGGAAUACAAGAAUGAAAAUUGCAAUAUGUGCUGCACUUGGUCUUUCUUUCUUGCAUGAAGAAGGGCCUUUUCAGGCAAUGUAUAAUGAAUUCUCAACAGCCAACAUACAGAUUGACAAAGAUUUUAGUGCAAAGCUUUCAGGGUAUGGCUGUGUUGGACAUGUUCCCAAGGAAGAAAUUUCAAGCAGUUCAUCUGCCGUUGGAAACCUAUCCUUGGAAACACUGGAGAAAGGAUUGCUCACUCCAAAGAGCAAUGUAUGGAGUUUUGGAAUUUUUCUUCUAGAGCUACUUACGGGAAGAAAGAAUCUCGAUAGCCGUCACCCCAAGGAAGAGAGGAAUUUGGUGAAGUGGAGCAGGCCUUUCCUAUCAGAUAAUCAUCGUUUGUCAAUGAUCAUGGAUCCUCAACUCAAAGGUCGCUUCCCUUCUAAAGCGGCAAGAACAAUAGCUAACAUUGCACAAAGAUGCCUUCAAAUGGAGCCAUCAGAAAGGCCAACUAUGGGAACCGUUGUGGAAAAUCUAAAAAAGAUACAAGAUUUGAAGCAUUCUUCUAAAUUCCCAUUGCAAGAACCAGCACAAACCUCUACAAAACAAAUGUCAAGAUCACCAAGUCUCGACGCUAUCAUCCACCCUGCAUCAAGGUCGAGUUUCUCUCCUUCACCAUCAGCCAGAGCACUGGUAUCUGUUUCGCCUCCAAGAUGGUCGGGAGUGCCAAUUCAACUUCCGCAUCACGCUUUUUCUUCUACCCUAUAUUUGGAGGAGCUUGAUAGGCAAGAAAGCCGCAAGUCAUUAACCUCAGCCUCUAGGAAGGCUAGUGUUGAAGGAUUUUGA